AAACGAGCAAAAUAGAUGUUCAUGUGGGAAAAAUAAAACAAAACAUCAUGAUUACAUUGAAUUAAAAAACCAAGUGUAGAAUUUCUUAGAUCGUUUACAAGUGCUAAAACAAAUCAUUGAUCCAGGUAACCAACUGAAAAAUGGAUCCCGAAAAUACCAUCGAAGAAAUUGUAAAAAAUGAUGAAGAGAAAAUUGUCGGAGAAAAUUACAUUGAAAUUGAAAUUCCAUUUAAUUUAUAUCAGUAUCUUAGUUCAGACAAUUGUAAUAUACAGAAUAUGUGUCGAAUUUGCUUGAACACCGAGAACGAGAUCCUAUACCCUUUAGUUUCUACUGUUAAUGCCAAAGAAAACAAUGUAUUAGCUCAAAUGUAUGCUACAUUUAGCGCGAUUCAGGUUUUAGCAGGUGAUGGUUUGCCGUCAAGUAUAUGUGAGCCAUGUCAAACUCUAGUGGUACAAUGCUAUGAGUUCAAAAUAAGGUGUGAGAAAUCAGAUUGCAUGCUCAAAUCACUGCUAAAAGGAGAAUUUAUUAUCAAAGAUGAUAUACCCAUUCAUGAUACGGAAAUAAAGGAGGAACAAUUAGAACAUAAUAAUAUGAAUAACAUAAACAAUAAUAUUCAAAGUAAUGAAUAUUUAAAUAGUAACAUUGAUAUCAAGAAUGAAAAGGAACUUCUUGAAGAUGUGCAAUAUUUAGAAGAUCUCAGUGAUAAUGAUAACCUGUAUAUAGUACAAGAGAAGAAGAGAAAGAAAAGGAAAAAAGUAAUUUAUGAUAAAGAUGAUGACGAAUUUGAGAAUCCCGCAAAAUGUUCAAAUAAAAAGCACAGAAAACAUGGAAAUAAGGAAAACACAUUUUCAUGUAAGAUCUGUUCUAAGGUGUUUAAAAAUGUAAAGACUUUCCAUGCGCAUAUGAGGAUGAAGCAUCCAACGACUCGGCGACCGCACGCUUGCACCCAAUGCACGGAGUCAUUCAACUCGGAGCAUGAUCUCGCGGUACAUACCUCCUUACACAACAAGGGAAGCAGUUGGAAAUGCAACAAGUGCCCCAAAGAAUUUACUGCUCGAUCAGUGUUUAGACGUCACAUAUUAAGACAUAUGGAGUCGAAGCGGUAUACGUGCGCUGUAUGUGACAAAUCGUUCUCUGAACUGUAUGCGCUCAAGAGACACGCGAGGGUGCACACUGGCGAGCUGAUUGAGAAGAAACACGCCUGUACUAUGUGCGAUAAAAGGUACAGUGAGAGUGGACUUCUAGCAGCCCAUAUGUCGCGCCACAUAGGGCUGCGCCCCUGGGACUGCGAUGUCUGCGGUAAAAUGUUCCCGUCGAACCGUCUCCUAGCAUCGCAUCGCCUCAUUCACUCCGACCGCAAGCCCUAUGCCUGCCAGUAUUGCGAUAAACGUUUCCGACACGAGUCGACACGCAACACUCACCACCGCACACACACAGGCGAGAAACCGUACGUGUGCUCCGUUUGUGGAAAGAGUUUCAUACAAAACUCCAACUUGACGCUGCAUAUGAGGACACAUACUGGCGAGCGGCCAUACUCGUGUUCGAUAUGCGAUCGCAAAUUCACAUCGGGCUCUUCACUGAAAAGCCAUGAACGGAUACACACUGGGGAGAAACCAUACAGCUGUAAUAUUUGUGGCAAACGGUUCACGCGUAAGAACCUCAGCGCUCAUAUGCGGAAACACACGGGUGAGAGGCCACACCAGUGCAGCUUCUGUUCCAAAAAGUUCAUCAACUCUGCUAGGCUCAGGGACCAUCACCGUGUGCACACUGGAGAAAAACCAUUCGACUGCUCCAUGUGCUCACAAAAAUUCGCAACAAAAUCUCAACAAAUGAAACAUUUUAAAACCCACCAAACUAAAAAGAAAAGAGCAGAGAAUCGUGGGCUUGUUAUAUUACAACAGGUUGAGCCUGUUCCCGUGAUUACUGAUGGGGUUGUUUUCAACGAGAACAAUGCUAAACUAGCAACAGUUAAUGAAGAGGCUGAGGCAGAUAAAUCUCAAGGUGAACUAGGGGGAUUGACUGUAAACAUCAUACAGAAAGGACCACUAGAAUUAGCAGGAGAAUUAGUUCUCGAAGACAACAGCAAAAUGAUUGAAACGGAAAAUGUGUGCCUCGACCCUAGUAAUAUAAAUAUCAUCGAUGACAGACCUUACAGUACUGAUGUGGACUUAGUGACGGUAAACGAAGGUGGAUUGAGAAUUUCUACCACCAGCUUAGAGGGAGCCACUGUGAAACUAUACCAAUUAGACCAAAGAUUAAUGCAAAUAAAUAGCGCCAGCGCGCAAAUCACUAUUAGCGAAAUAAGUAGCAAAAUGACAACUAAUUUAUUGUAAAGUACUAUUAAGUAUGUGAAUUAUUUCUUCAUUUUAUUCCAAUUAUAAUUUGUCUCAGGGCAGGCAGAAUUUACAGAGCCCCCUCUGGUAUGACCCUGGUGGAUUUCUUUUUAUACUAAAUAGUAACUUUAGUCUGAAUAAAAUUUUACUUGAUUUUUCGCUUGUUGUAAGUACUACGUGUCUGGCGUUUUACAAAGAAUUCCAUAAUAACCUAAAGGUUACCAUUAAAAUCCCUGGUACUACCUUUUCCAUUUCCAAAAUGUUCAAACAAUGUCAGCAUGUCCUUCUCUAUUUUUUUCUUUCCUUUCCAGUUAAAAUACACUGCCUGUGUUUAGAAGUAAAUUCACUAGAAAUGCAUGCCACAUUUCUAGUGAAUUUACUCUACUUUCGCACUUUUACUGCCAAAUUCGUCAUUAACUUAUUACCUAUAUUUAUUCUCAGUGUGUAUUCAAUUGUAACAUGGUAACCCAGAGACCAAACCUGCAAUGUUGGUCUAAAGACUUUAGUCCUGCAAUUCAUUGACCUAUUUGAUAAAAUUAUUUUAUUUAUUUUCUGCCUACCCUAGACUAAAGUUUUAUAUCGUCAUAAAUUGUAUUAGAAAAUUCAAAAUAAAACAAAAUUUUAUAAGCA